AUGAGUCUUGUCUCGGGCUUCCCUCACCACCCGGUCAUGCACCACCACGACAGCCACCACUAUUCCCUACAUGCGGCGGCGGCCGGUCGGUGUCAUGAGGACACUGGGGCUCCUCCGUACUUUACCAGCUGGCUGAUAAGCCACGCGGAUAUGUCUCCCACCGAGUAUAGUCUCGCGCCCGGCUACAGCCCAGAGUACCAUGGCAACAGUGGCGGCGGCUCUACAGGCGGCCUGGACCCCCACCAUCACCAUCAUCAUCACUACGGACCUGGCGGGUUGGUUCCGGGGCCCGGCACCAUCUCGGUGAACGGAGCCACGGUCGGCAUGCACCACCACCACACACACCCUCGGACCGUGAAGCGGAGACCCACGGCCAACCGUAAAGAGAGGCGGCGGACCCAGAGCAUCAACUCGGCCUUUGCGGAGCUGCGGGAGUGUAUCCCCAACGUCCCGGCCGACACCAAGCUGUCAAAGAUUAAGACGCUGCGACUGGCCACCAGCUACAUCUCCUACCUGAUGGACAUCCUGGACAAGGACGGACAGCACGGAGACACACAGGCCUUCAAGGCCGAGCUGAAAAAGACGGAGGCUCGGGAGGAGCGGAGGAAGAGAGAGGCGGUGGAGAUUCCAAAGACAACAUCAUCUUCAUCAUCCUCAUCCUCCUCGUCAGCGGGCGAUAAGAAGAGUAAAGGGCGGACAGGAUGGCCUCAACACGUCUGGGCUCUGGAACUCAAACAGUAGCGCCCUCUGCUCUCUGUCCCUCUCCGGUCCUCGGGGAGCGGGACGGGACAGCCCUGAUGACUGUAGCCGCAAUCAUAAUCAUCUCUGUGGACCUUCCCGUAGCACGGUGGACAGGAAGAAAGUAACAGUUUACUAUUGGUUUGCUUAUUGGUUGGAGUUGCUGAUAGAACAUAACUUCAAAUUGAGAACUCCACCACCUUUCUGCCUUUUGUUCUGUGUAAGACCUUG